UUGUACCCAUAGCAUAGGAACCUCUGCAAUCUGGAAGUCUUGAUUCAAACUGCAGUUCUCUAAGGCCCCCAAGCAUGAUGGGUACUUCCUGGUUCACAGUCAUUGCCAUAUUUGUGUUUUCCUCCAUUUAUUGUAUUGUUUCUCAUCCCAAACCUGAAUUAUGGUUCCAAGAACUUUUCCCCCUUAAAAUGUGUCCAGCCAAUGCCAGCGUGGAAACAUUUUAUGGCAUCAUGUUUGAUGCAGGAAGCACAGGGACACGAAUUCAUAUUUACACCUUUAUACAGAGAAGCCCAGAAUAUCCUGCAGAGUUAAAAGGGGAAGUUUUUGAAUCAGUGAAACCAGGUCUCUCAGCAUAUGCCAAUCAGCCUAAAAGGGGAGCUGAAACUAUCAGAAAAUUAUUAGAGAUGGCUAAAAAUGCUGUACCACCAGGUCACUGGAGCAAGACCCCCGUAGUAUUGAAAGCCACUGCUGGUCUACGGUUGUUAGCGGAACAGAAAGCUCAAGCUCUACUCUCACAAGUCAGAAUGGUCUUUGAGGAUUCACCAUUUUUAGUUCCUGAUAAUAGUGUUAGCAUAAUGGAUGGAUCUUAUGAAGGUAUUUUAGCCUGGAUCACUGUGAAUUUU